AUCCGAUUACUAGUAUCUCGUGGGAACCAGUUCACCUUAACUACCCAUGCCGUCGGUUUGUAACUUGUUGCAGAGAUGGGGAUGCAAGGAUAUGGGACAUUACACUUAAGAAAGCCCUAACUUGUCUCAGUGGUGUGACUUGUGCCAUAUGGGGGGGAGAGGGAAUUAUAUAUACAGGUUGUCAAGAUUGUACAGUAAAGAUGUUUCACGUUACUCCGGAUGGGACUCUAUGUUUGGCAGCAAAAUUGGAGGGGCAUGGAUAUUCGGUGACAUCCCUUGCAUUGAGCACAGACUACGUUCUCCGGACAGGAGCUUUUGACCACACUGGAAGACAAUAUUCUUCACCUGAAGAAGUUAGACAGGCUGCGCUUAAAAGAUACGACCAAGCAAAAGGAAAGUCCGGUGAAAGAUUAGUCUCAGUUUCUGAUGACAGGAGAAUGUUUCUCUGGGAACAGUCUUUUAGAACGCAGUUGCUGCGCGGUGAUCAUGAUGUUGUAAGGCAUGUGUGUUUCUCACCUAAUGGCCAGUGGAUUGCAAGUGCGUAUUUUGAUACAUCUGUCAAGAUAUGGGAUGGUGUCACGGGGAAGUAUUGUGCAACUUUUAUAGGCCAUUUUGAUCGUGUUUAUCAGAUCAGGUUGGGUAGAUUCCUUGAGAACAUUGGUUCCCCUUUUCAUGUUUCCACUAAUUAUUAAUUAAUUAGCUUUGUAACCGCAGUUGG